AUGACACAAUUUCUCGCCCGACGGAUAUCUAUGCUCCUACUCCUGGGCCUCCCUUCAGGUCAAGGGGAGCCCAUUGAUUUCGCACUUGCGGCUCCCUUCUCACCGAAUCAUCAAUUGUUACAACGGGAUACGAAUUGGACCACUCAAGCUUUCCAGAAAUAUUGCGACAACAUUAACUACAAUGACUUUUCCGACUGCUGCACAAAAAGGAGCGGCGCAGGUUGGAUGUCGUGUAACGAAGCUGGAGCCUACUCUCUCAGCGGAUCUGCGGUACUCUGCUACAAUCUUGAUGCCGGGCAUGACUGCUGCAAGGACAACAGCGUAUGCGACAACAAACUAGGCUGUUGCGGAGAUACUUGCUGCCAGAAUGACAACUCUAUAACUGUGUGUGAAGAUGGCUGCAUUUCAAAGGAAGGGCGUGGCUGUCUUCUUGGCACUUGCGGCCAUGGUGUUCAAAAGGGCAGUACUACACUUGAUUCCUUCUCCUCUGAAUACACAGUCCCAGCUGCGUCAACACACACAUCUCGCGGCCCAUCGACAGCAGAUGCUACAGCAACUCAUGCAUCCAAUACCUCCCCUACCUCGUCUGCCGAAAACAAGCCAUCGGGAGGAUUGAGCAAUGGUGGCAUCGUCGGCAUUGCUGUCUCCGUCGGUGGCACGGUCAUAACUGUGCUCUUCGGUAUUGGGUUUAAGAUUUGGAAAUACAAGCAACAAAAGAAACUAGUGGAACAAAAUGCAGCACAGGAGAAGAUAGAUAGGAGAAACUCAAUGCCGUACUCACCAGUUUCCCAACCAACUUGGCCGCAUCAGCCAAAUCAACAGAUUAUUCCGGGUGGGGGUACCUAUACACGAUGA